AUGCAACGGUCCUGGCGCCAGGACUCGGACAAACUCACUUUUAUCGCCUGUCUGCCUUACUGCUCUUCUCCAACCUCAAACACAACCAUCACGCCCAAUCAAGACGACACACCCUCCCGCAUGAUCGGCGACAUAAAUCUCUUCCUCGUGGACGACGACGACGAUGAACCCAACCCCACCACCACCACUACCGCCCCAAAAUCCGUCCUCGGCGAAAUCGAACUCAUGAUAGCAGUAAAAUCCCAGCACCGCAAAGGACACGGCCGCGCAUCUCUUCUCGCCUUUAUGCACUAUAUUCUCACAAACACUGCCUCUAUCCUGCAGGAAUAUAGUAAGAGUCAAACAGCAAUCCUACGCCAUCUCCGAGUCAAAAUCUCAAAGGAUAAUGUCAAGAGUAUUGCUUUGUUUGAGAGUGUGGGGUUUGUGAGGACGAGUGCAGAGGCCAAUUACUUUGGAGAGGUGGAGUUGAGGUUGCAGGUCCAGGAUAAGGAGGACGUUGUUCUGGCUGAUUUGGAGAGGGUCAAGGGGUGGAAUGGAAAGCCUUUUGUUGUUGAUUAUCGCGAGGUGUAG